UGUUUUUUCACAUUUCUGAGUCAUCAUCCAUCGUUGUUCAGUUUCGCACCUACAGCGGCAUUUCAUUUCAUUCUACGUGUGUCUCGCAGUUAGUAAACAUUUAAUUAAGUGAUUCAAGCAAGAACAGUUAAUGUUAUAUUUUGCAAAAUUCGCCGGUGCGAAUUUCUUAUUACUUAGGCAUUUGAAACUUGAAACUAUUUAAUACAGCCGUAGUAAACGUGUUUUGGAGUGAUACCUAUAAGUUGGGAAUCAACUGCACCUACACACAUACGCCUUCUUAUUUGUUUUGGCGGUACACGGUCUGCGGCACACACACAACUGGAAUUCACGUGACUUUUAAUCAAGAGAGAAGAAAUUAAUUUAAAGUUUAAUCAAGAGUUCCCACAUUUCUUUUUUUGAAAUUAAUUAUAUAUAAUUAAGUCCUUGUAUAUGUAUAUGAUCUAAGGCAAACGCACAAGAGGAAUUCACUUGAAGCUUUACUUAGGAGAGAUUUUUCUAAAGUACUUAUUAAAUAGAUACAUUUUAAUUAUUUAAGUGUGACAAUUGUGCAAAACAGACAUUUAUUUCCUAGGUAAAUAUUAGACGCGCUGAUUAUUUAAGUUGAUUAACUUGCAAUUCCUUACUCGUCUUUAAAGACAGCCACGAAACUAGGUAAUCUACUCUACAAAAUGGUUAAUUAUUACAUUUACGCUAAAGACUUCUCCGGCUCAACUGGAAAUGUCCCUUAUUAUCACGCCAACGGCUUAAAAACUCUUAGGGAUUUCAAAAAUGAUGUAGCUAAAAUAAAAAAGGAACUAUCAGACGCAGGAGAUGUCACGGAAUCUAAAAUAAUUUACUUACAUUGGGGGGACAAGUGUUACGAAGUAGAUGAACAAGUUACCGUUAUAGCUUACAAACAACUUAGCGAUGGUAAUAUGGGAACCGAGCCAGAAUGUAUUAUUAAAUUUCUAAAAAACAAAGACAUAUGCAAUGACAGCAAUAAUAUUAAACUGCUUUACAUAAUAACUGACGGCUUAAUAGAAUCUUCUAGUACACAACAAUGUUUUAGGCUAAAUGAAAAUAUACAUUACGAAACUGUCGUAUUCCACGCAAUCAAUAAAUGUUUGGCUCAAAUAGAUCUUUCCGUGGCUGCGUCCUUUUUCAAAAGCCGCUGCAUUAUCUACCGUAAUUAUGAACUGUAUGAUAACAUUAAUAUAUCCGAAGAGUUCGACUAUCCAAGCGAAAUUAACGUAGGCGAAGCCGCGGGCAAAAGCUAUAGCAAAAUAAACGUCGAAAACUUCGCAUCAGAGAAAGAUAAUCUGAAAUCUUACGUGAAAUUAAAGUACAUCAAUAAAUUCAAACACGACGCUCUAGCUCUACAAGAAAUAAACAAAUUGAAAAAAUUACGAGACAGACUUUUCGUCGAAUUGUCAUCAAAGUCACCGAAUGUAGUUAAUUUGGAUACCAAAGACAGAAAUGUGUUUCAGCGCGAAUUCACUAACACUGAUUGGUAUAAAAACCUUACAUCUUCCGUGCAAAGUGAGAAAGUUGACAUUGAAAAAGCUAUUUCUACAUUGAUUAACUACAUCGUGAGCGACACAAAAUCAUAUUCGUUUGACGCGUUGAAAUUUGAUAUGAAAUUCGAUAAGCCGAUAGAAGAAGAGCCUAUAAUUGAUGUAAACUUUUCAGCUGAACAAGAGAUAGAAUUCCCCGACAUUAUUCUGGAUGACGAGAAAGGGAUACCUGUUAUAAUACUAACAGAACUCAACUUGCUGGACAAAAUUAUUUUUCAUAAAACCAAAGAAAGUAAUGAUGUGUCGCCGGCCAGUUUUAAUAAAUUUAAAAAUUCUAUGGAGUGCCCGUUGUUUUUGCUGAACGACCCGGAUAUUAGCGAGUCGAUAGGUUAUUUUUAUACAUUGAAUGUUUAUAAGGAAUUGUUGAAGAAAGAUACUAAGACAGAACCUCGUAAUAGAAGACCAUUCCAUGGUGGUCUGGUCAUUAUAGAUACAGAUGAAUUUGACAGAUAUAACGAUUAUAUCAUAUCGGCAACGUACUUUAAUUUCAAAAAGAUAAAAUAUAAUAUUGGUCUAUUCUAUUAUAUACUAUGGAAGAAUUGUGAUAAAAAAGAAUGGAUGGAUAGAAAUGUUGUUGAGCAUUUUAAGAAGUACGUAAUGAGACGUAUUAGUGAUACAGUAUGUAAGAUUGGUCUCUCAGCUUUGCCGUUAGACCCCCAAGAGAACACGUCAUUGCUAACUGCAUUGUGGUACUGCGUUGAUUUGUCAUCUAGCUUAUUUAAAGAUGAUCCCGUAAAUUUUAUGCAUGAACGCUUAAGAAUGUUUUACGGCGUCACGGAUUCUAUGAUCGAAAUAUUACGCCAUUUUGAUUAUGAUUUAGAUGUAGACAAAAUUCAAAAACGUAGAGAUUUAAUAAGACACGUAGCUAUAUUGAAAAGAAUUCCAAAUGGCCAAGAGAAAGUUUAUUAUUUGUUAGAAAGAAUAUUUAAGAACGUCAACGGUUUUCUUAUAAGUGAAAUUGACAAACCGUAUAAUCUGAACACACUCAACUAUUUAAAAUUGAAUCACAAAGGCAUGUUGCCCGAUGAUGUGAUCAAAGAAAAAGUGCAUUUAAACAAUUAUGUACAUGUAUUGCAUUGCUGUGAUUCACACAGGAAGACUGAAGAUGGUAAAUUUACAUUUGAAAUUUGCGAUAAAACAUACCGUCCAUUUUUCACCAUCGAUGAAAAUACGUCAUAUUAUUCAAAACUAAUCGAAGUUACUAAAAAAGUGGUUAUUAAUAACGAUGAUGAUCCAAAUACUAUUAACAUAAGUUAUGAUACAGUCGAUUCAUUGGAAUUUGAUAAAAUUUUGGGAUUGUACAAGCUGUUCAUUCAUUGCGUUAUAGAUACGAAAAAAUAUCCCACAAUUGAUGAAUAUGCCGAAUAUGUUUUAAAGAAAAAGAAAUAUCAUGUUGAUAAAGUAACAAUUUUUCCAAAUAUUAUUUAUAGCGACAUUGAGAUUGUGUACUCUCGUUACCAAAAAAUAGUUGUAAAGGUGGAUGUGAGUGCGUUUAUUAAAGUGGGCAAGACUUAUGUGAGACGCUCUGACAGAGUUAAGGCCGAAGAGGUGAUACAAUUCAAAAACUUUUAUCAAAUAAACAAAUUCAUUGCGAAGGCGGAAAAGAAGGUUAAUUUGAAAAAGGGAACUAAGUUAAACUAAAUAAAACAUUCCAAAUGGACGAUAUAAUAGUUGUUACAACACUGCAAAACGAAAAAAUUAUGUAUAAGGUUUUUCUAUUAUAUUUGUUUAAUUUUCUAGUCAUAAUCUUGUUGGUACUUACUGACUUAUAUUGCUAUUUUGGUAAUUACAUUUUUAAUUCCACAUAAUUAUUAUACAAUGUAAAUUUUUGUCUGG